CGCACCGUUUCCAAACAAUACUCAGGAAAAAGCCACGUUGACGAUCGCCACUGAAGAGUAGUCCCCAAUUUGAGGCAGAAUAAAGUCGGAGUUUGCGAGUGAGACGCCUCGCUUCCUUCCCGCAGCAGACUCCGGGUCCGAGCAGCCAUGUCGUCGCCCCCGAAGGAGAAAGUGGAAACCAAAGGCGGACAUCCCCCAGCAGUGAAAGCAGGAGGGAUGAGGAUAGUGCAGAAGCACCAGCCAGCUCCCGCCCCAGAACCACCCCAGAAAGAGGACGAGGAGUUUGUCAGCAGCAGUCCACCAAAGGUCCCCGUGGUUGUGUCUGGAGUGAUUACAAAGGGCGAUAAGGACUUCACCCCGGCGGCCGCCCAGGUGGCCCACCAGAAGCCCCAGCCGAGCAUUCCCAAGCACGCCCCUGCGAUGCAGAUCAACCAGCACAUCAACCAGCCCCGCAAGUGAGCCAGGCGGCCUUCUGCAGCGGCUACGCUAACUCCACCGGCUGGCCUUCCCCACGGAACACAGGAAAUGAAGAUUUUUUUUUCCUUCUUUUUUUUUUUGUUUUUUUCCUCCCACCAGGCGCAGAUCUUUAAAUAAUGAUUCGAGUAAAUUUUGUUUGGAUUUGGUUAACUGUCUACACAGCCAUCCCGAAGUCCUUGUCUUUAUGCCACAUGCUGCUCAGGUGCUGCACUCUGCGUUCAGCCCUUUAAGGUCCUCUCCGUUCAAGGGGUUGUUUGGCAAUCGUAAAGUCUUAAGGCGGUGUAGUCAGGGUCAGGCGCUUCUAAAACGGUUCAUUCUCCAAGAACAUUUAUCGUCUUACAAAUUCAGAUCUGAGUCUGUUGGGGGGGGGGGAAAUCCUCACGACGACAAAUCAAUCACAGCUACCUAUCGAUCAGACCAACCAAUCACCUCACAGUGACGAGUCCAGGCUCCAGCCUCCUACCUUCAACCUUCUCAAACCAAAAGAGGACAAAAACAAUCAAACUUCACCACAAACAAAGGACCACAGAAAGCAACUUUUAAACUGAAUCAGCUUCGCACGGAGCUAAAAGUGCAACCUGGAAAGUAUUAACCAAUCAAAACACACAUCAAUGAGGGAAUUAGCAACUCUGACAAGCAUUCCUACUCACUCAGUUUAUCACGUUAAGACUGAAAUGUCAUCAAGGGAGAGAGAGAGGUUGUGUUUGACCACACAGUAAAGUGUACAUAUAUUUACCGCAAACAGGAAUUUGCACGUCUUUAAUAUUUCAGAAAUUAUAGCCUUUCUCUCUGCAAUUAUUGCCGUCUCUACUCAAAUCGCCACUUUAUGCAUGCCGGGCAGUGACUGAGAAAACAGAAAUAAAACGCUUGCUUUUGGGUUCUUGCAAAAAAAAAAAAACUAAAAAAAAAAACCCAGUCAGCUUUCAUCGGUUUCUUCCAGUGUCUCUGUUCCACUGAGGAGACUUACCUUUCUCUGACUCAGCUGGAAUGAUAUCUACCCAUCCCUGGCAGUGUUCAGUACGUUUUAUUCUGCAGGCUCGACCCGUUCCACAUGUACCAGCAGUGCCUCAUCGCUUAGAAAACAAAUGUUUUUAGGCUCAUUUGCUUCACGAGGAUUUACAUUUUCAUCAGCGACGCAAUGGGACAACAGCCAAAAAAAUGUACACGAUGCUUUGUGUUUGCGUUAACAUUCACCCGAACGUCACAGGGGAGGUAAUUAUAAGGUGAACAAAGCGUCGCAGAGAAGCAGCUCAGGAAAAUAAAAGCGGGGGACAAUAUCUGUCAGAUGCAGGUAAAAGCGGAAACGUACAAAAACAGUGAUUUCUACAUUCCAGACAAAAGGUUUGAGCAAAGUUGUCUGUCAAGUGCACAAAGGAACCAAAACACAUUUAUUUCCAGCAAGAAUACUGGUAUUUCUGGUCUAGAUUGGCUUUUCAAAGAAAAAAAAAAAACAUAUCUAAACACACACACACACACACUCGUGCAUCACCCUUUCCCUUAAUCACCCAUCCCCUUACACUCAAGUGUCAUCACAACACUAAUGUUCAGGUUUCCAGGAAAGAGCUUUUAUCAUGCCAAGAAGGAAUAAUUUCCACUGUUAAUUUAAGU